AUGAAUUCUGAAUUACACUUGGACGAAUACUCUGAUAAAUACUCUGACGAAUACUCUGAUAAGCACUCUGAUGAAUACCCUGAGGAACAUCCUGAAAGAUGCCCUGAAGAAUACCCUGAAGAACAUUCUGACGAAUACUCUGACGAACACCCUGAUGAACGUACUGGUGAGUUAAAUCAAGAUAAAACAAGCCAAAAUGAACCAUGCCCUAAUAAAUCUACAAA